GACCCAAGCUGCGGAUUCCAGUCGAUUAGGGGCAUAAUGGAUAAUGCAUCGGAUGACAGCAACGGAGCAUCUCGGCGAAAAAGCCACCAACCGUACACGCGCGAGGACUUGAAAAGCGCUGUUAGCAAGAUAGUCGAAACCGGUAUGUCGAUCCGCCGGGCGGCAUUCGAGAGCAACAUCCCCAGAACAACGCUGUCAACGUACCUACGAUCGGCCAGCUACGCCAAGGCUAGCAAGCUCCUGCCCAACGAAGAGCAGGCACUGUACCUAGCGAUGACGGACUGCUGCAAGCGCGGGUUUCCGAUUCGAAGGCGCUUCGUACAGACGGCGGCCGAAGCUUUGAUGCAGAAAUCGGGCUCUACCCAGCAACGUAUGCACCCCUUCCAGGAGAACGAGUUUGGGCGCCGCUGUUUCCUCAAGUUUGCUCGUCGAUGGCUAUCGGUCGAUCAGGAAAAGGAUCGCAAGUAUCUGGGACAAAUCGCGGGAGAUUGGUUCCUGCACAUCGAAAUGUAUCUUAAAGAAGCAAAUCUGCUUGACAUUUUGAAGCAACCAAGGAGGGUUUUCUUGUGCGAUGAGUUGCGCUUUCGCGAGCGCGUUGAAAUGCCGGAGAGUGUGCGAGGUUUGUUGAAGCAGAUGACUAUGCUGUACACGUUUACUGCGGCCGGUGAGCAUUUGUCGCCUCUGCUCGUGUAUCCCUUUCAACGUGACAUACCGGCUGAUAUCGUGCAGGCCGCACCCAAGAACUGUGCCAUCGUAGCGCACGAGCAGGGCCUGGUAACGCCAAAAACGUUCACCGCAUACCUGGAUAAGGUGGUGGACAAGUAUGUGGCAGCGAACGGUAUCGAGAAGCCCAUUCUGCUGUUCGUAGAUGAAUCGAAGAUAGAACUAACGCUUCAUUUGCAUAACUCCUGCAAGCGAUUGGGCAUCGUUCUGCUCGGCAUAAGCGCGUCGCAGGUGUGCAAACCUACGUUCAACGUGUUUAACGACAUUUGCGCUGGUUGGGUACAAGAGGUGCCACGCUUCCAGGCAGAUACGGGACGCUCAUUCACAUUGGCCGAUUGUGCUGGACUCAUGCAGACCAUAAACCAGCGAUACAUCAAGGCGGAGGUGGUAGUAAAAGACUUUGGAAACAGCCAUCUGUGCCCUUGGAAAAGACCCUCGUUUGAGCCGGCGGAACGUGCAACAGCCAGCAGCGCCGUUGCGCACAGCAAUACUACUCAGGAGGAUUGGAACACCGAGAACGAAGUGGAUGACGAAGAAAUGGACUUGGAGAUUGAAAAUUUCCUUGAGAAUGUUGACGGUUGGUCGGAUGAUGAUUACUACGAACCUGAGGCCGAAGGUGAAGAGGCUGCCUUCGAUGAUCACGAUUUUGUAGACGGAGACAAUGAUGAGUAUGUAGGCGAUGAGCACGAGGGGGCAAAGGUCACAGAUUGGCAUUCGAUAAACCAAUCAGCAAAAGAAGAGCAAACGUCCAAAGAAACGUCCGCGCCGAUUGUACCGGAAGGCUCUAGCGCCUCUGCGGUACGCGUGAAUAGUACCAAAGCUAACCCAGUCAAUGGAGUGGAGAAAAAGGAUGAAAAGAGUCAACAUACCAGGAAUCACAAUGAGGCUAAUGCUGGCGAGGAAGGCGGGUCCUCACAACAGCAGACGAACAAUAAUACGGACGACGAGGCAGAUGGCCCACCAGAUGAUAUUGAUAUCAGUAUUAACUUCAUCGAUUUCAAACGUGCCAUUGGCAGUGAGCUAACGGAGCGGUUCGAACGAAAACUCGAAAGCGAGAAGGGAGUAGAGCUGGCAAAUCAUGCCGAGAAUGUACUGUUCGACAUUUAUCGCCAAUUCCGGUGCGAUAUUGUUACCGACAGCGACGAUGAUUACGAUAUAGUGGAGAUCGGAGACGAUUGAUACAAUUCCCUGCCGGAGUAGGAAGUUACUCUUUAGCAGCAAUGGUCACUAUCUUAUCGCUUUUAUCGAUACAUUCCAGUGUCAUGUCAUACUAUUAAGGGUAUUUUUACAUUUUUGCCUAAAUCUUAGCCGUAGUGAAGCACAAAACCAAAAACCCAUUGACCUUAUUUAUUUAUUUUAAUUAUGCCCCUUGAAUUUCAUUUAUGUAAUAUAAGGAUCAAAUUGUCAUGCUUUUAUGUAUUCUCGAAUAAAACAGAUUCUUCGAGUUGCU